AUGCCGACUCCUCAACCUCCCCGCACCAGACGGCAACAGGAGCGCGAAGCAGAGUCCCUCGCGCAUCUCCGUAAGGACUUCCGAUACGCUCCACAGCGCUUGUACUCUCCGUUCACCGCCGGAUGUUCGCACACCUUCCCUAUCGCUGAUUUUACCGAGGCGCACUACAACCAAGACGACACCAGCCUAAACAAGACGCUCUGGAGUCUGUGGCCUGUCGCUCCGCCUGACGGGUACAAGAAGGUGCUCGCCCAUCAGGAGGCGAAGCGAGACGAACUCACGUUUGACGGAGAGAAGGAUCCUAGUGAACCGGGCUGGUUCGACCAGACGCGCCUCCCGGCUGUUCUGCCCCACGCCGAACGCUUCCGCAUCGCUUCGAUGGUGCGCCUCAUCCAGGAGCUGCACGUGCGUCUCAACGGGGCAGGUUGGCUUCAGUUCGACACACUCGCGGACGGUGUUUCCCCCAUGAGCCUGCUGCAAACUCGCCAGAUGAUGCUCGACGUCGCUCCGUUGAGCAAGGCGGUCGACACUGCGAAGAAGAUCAAGAAGGAAGCCCAUGACCUUCUCAAGGUGGAUCACGACUACGAGAACGAGGACGUCCUCGCCCUCUUCGGUGCUGGUAUUGGCAAACAGUGCAGUGCGCUGUUUGCUCUCUGGCCGUGGACAGCCAGCGGCUUGCUCAUGACCCCCGACGUCGCCUUCGGUACCGGUAUCGCCCAGCUUCAACUGUGGCUUGACAUCUCGUACGCGUGCUUCUUCCUCAAAGGCCACGCAAAGCGCGAGAGCGGGAGGCUUCCAAAUGGCACGCCCUACGAGGACACGGAGGGAUACUACUUUGUCAUCCUCGGGCGUCUUGCCAACUUCAUUCCAAUCCACACCCGUUACGUCCCAUUCGGCGUUCUGCAGCAGGCUAUUCAUCACAUCUCCGUGUUUCCGCUCAUGAUUUCGACGCUCCAAGAGCUCUGGGUCCCCGAGUUGAUGGAGGCUCUCAUUCUGAGCGUUCGCUGCUCAACUGGAGCUGGCCUGACUCCUAACGCAUGGGCUCAUGCCGAUUGCGAUGCUAGCCACAGAGGCUGUAUGGGAAUUGGCUACAGCCAGGAAACCAGGUUGGAGUCUGUCGCCAGCAUCGUCAAGUUGAGGGAUGAGCGCGUGACGCGUAAGGAGCAGCUCCUGGAGGAGUGCCGCUUGGCAGAGGCUAAGGACAGUGAUGGAGAAAGCGAGGGAGACGAGAGCAAGGGAGAGAGUGAAUGGACCUAUGACAAGAAGGGGCGGAAGAAGUUUGGGCCCAAGGAGGAGUACAGCAUCCGCGGUUGCGUCAACUUCGUCAGCAACGGUGAGCGCCUCCGCGCAUCGCCCAGGGCAUCGGCAUUCCGCCAUGGCUUCGGCAUCACUGCCGGCCAGCUUGCUUCAACCUUUACAUUGUCACUCACACCAACCGGCUUCGUCGUCUUUGACACUCCAUCUUCUGGGUCAACCCUUCAACCCGAGACAUCCCCGCAAUCCGGAGUUCGAACUGUCCCCUCUUGA